AUGACAGACUCAUCCAGCAGCAAUACCACCCAUGGACAUAAACUUUGUGGGAACAUGAUCAUGAUAUUUUCAGCCAUGUUGUCAAACUCCUACAAUGAGGACAAACAUCAUAUCAAAGUCAGCUACCUUACUGAUGACAAAUUCUUCUGCUUGAAAAGACUACAAACCAAAACUAAAGUGGAAGAAAUGUUGGAGGAAGGAAAAUGUCGGCCACUGGAAGUAACAAAGUUAGAAGGUGCAGAAGUUGGAAUUGACAGUAGCUUGGGCAAACCGUUUGUGUUUAAAUGUGUACCUCAAUCUGGAACCAGAACUUUUUGCCUCUGUGCCACUUCAAACCAAGAAAUGAAAAGGUGGCUGGAAGCAAUGAACAAAGCUGCACAUCCUGUCUGUCAGAAUCAUGUCUGGAUAGAUGUAACACUUCACAACAGCAAUCUUCCACCCUUGGCCAUCAAGAAUCCAGAGUGUCUAGGUCUUCUACACCAGCUGGAUAGGGAUCAGGAUGUUUGGGUCCAAUAUUACUGCAUUCUGAAAGAUGGUUGUCUGUAUUUCUAUGCCAGCAUUCGCUCCACUCAGGCCACAGGUGGGCUCUACCUUCAGGGGUAUAGUGUGAGUGAACAGGUCCUUAGUCUCAAGCAAUCUGUUAUUGAACUUAAUCCACCAUCUGAAGAGUUUAAGACUUUUUACUUCUGUGCAGAGAAUGAAACGGAAAAUAAACGAUGGAUUACAGCUCUGAAAGCUUCUAUUCGAAAAUGGCUCCCUUUGCAACAAGCUAUUGAAGACUUUAUCAACCGACCUUUGGAGGAAACCAGAAUGUAAAGGAAAUCAUAGUUCUCAAGGUAGCAUAAUCUGCUUGCUAAUUAUCAGUUAAUGCAGAAGCAAGAAAAAUGUAGCAUUAUUAUGAUUUUAUUACCAUAGGUAAUGAAACAUUUCAAACUAAAAUUCUUAUCAAUCUAAAUAAAAUAUUAUGAUCCUUUCUAUUCUUUGUAUUAAGUGACAUUGAAAUAAAAGUGAACUUUUUGUUUUA